UAACAAAUACAUAUAUUAAGUGAGUUUAUAAAGAUAAAUAACGAGUACAUUUACCUUACUUUUAUAUUAUCAAGCAAUGAGCUAUUGAGCUCCAGGAAAAAAGGAAGCAACCAACAAAUUUUCAAACAACUACUUCCGAAAAAGAUGACACUUCCACAACUACUCUUCAAGAAUAGAUCAAUAUCCACCUUCUCCCUCCACAUUUUCUCCAUUUCCUCCUCUAAUGGCGUCUCUUUCCACCAUAACUCUCUUCCCUUUUCAUCCCAACCACUUCUUUCACCCUCCAAAGAUGUCAACACAAUUUCUCGCAUUCUCAGCGACUUUCGUGAGCCACACCAUGACAUUGAAUCCGCACUCGCACCAUUUUGCUCAAAACUUUCCGUUAAUUUAGUGGAUCAGGUCUUGAAAAGAACCAAAAAUCUGGGCUUUUCUGCUCAUAGAUUCUUUCUUUGGGCUAAAAAAUUUCCUCAUUUUCAACCCAAUACUAAUAGCUACAAGAUUCUUAUUGAUGUUCUGGGUUCUAGCAAACAGUUUCCUUUAAUUUGGGAUUUACUUUUUGAGUUGAAAUCCUCUGACUGUAUUGAACUUUGCUCUGAAUUUUUCUGGGUUAUUUUUGGUAGUUAUUGUAAAGCUAAUUUACCUUAUGAUGCUAUUAGGGCAUUUAGUAGAAUGAGUGAAUUUGGACUUGAACCAAGUUUGAAUGAUCUUGAUCAUCUUCUGUUUUUGUUGUGUAAGAGGAAAUUCGUUGAACACGGACAAGAGUUUUUUGACAAGGUGAAAUGUAAAUUUGACGUCGGUGUUAAAAGUUAUACUAUUUUGAUUAGAGGUUGGGCUGAUAUUAACCAUUCAAGGGAAGCACGUAAGGUGUUCGAUGAAAUGCUUGACCGAGGAUGUGUAGUUGAUGUUCCUGCUUACAAUAGUUUAUUGGAAGCUUUGUGCAAUGGAGGGGAUUUAGAUGAGGCAUAUGCUAGGUUUAGAGAAAUGAGAUCUAUGGGACUUGUACCAGAUGCUUUUACUUAUUCCAUAUUUAUUCGUUCUUAUUGUAGACGAGAUAAUAUUCACUCGGUUUUUAGGGUUCUUGAUAGAAUGAAAAGAUAUGAAUUAGUACCCAAUGUGUAUACCUAUAAUUUGAUCAUCAAAAAGUUGUGUGAGUAUGAGAAGGUUGAUGAAGCUCUUAAACUUUUAGAUGAGGUGAUUGAAAACGGAGUUACUCUAGAUACAUGGAGUUACAAUGCGAUCAUGGGUUUUCAUUGUGAUCGUAAUGAGGUUAACAGAGCAUUGAACUUGCUUUCUAGAAUGGACAAGGAAAACUGUAAACCAGAUCGUCAUACAUAUAAUAUGUUGCUUAAAAUGUUGAUUAGGAUUGGAAGAUUUGAUCGGGUUGAAGCAGUGUGGAAUAGCAUGUCAAAUAGGGGGUUUUAUCCUUCUGUUUCGACUUACGCUGUAAUGAUCCAUGGAUUUCUUAGGAAGAAAGGGAAGUUGGAAGAGGCAUGUAAAUACUUUGAGAUGAUGAUUGAUGAAGGAAUUCCGCCUUAUGCUUCAACUAUUGAGGUGUUGAGGAACCAGUUUGUGGGAUGGGGAAUGUUGGAGAAGAUGGACAUAGUGGCGGAUAAGAUGGAGGCAAGCAGUUCUUCAUCAAUACAAGAAUUAUCAAAAGUAAUGAGAGGACAUAGAUCUCAACAUCGCUGGAGUAGGAAAGAAAGUUCAGAUUCUAGUGAAGAAGAAUGGCCUUAUGGUCCUUCUGCUAUGUGAUUGUUUGUUGAGCUCAUGAAUUUUGAGUUUGCUGCUGACAUUUCUCUUUCGGUUUCAUUUCUUCGUCAUCAAACUAAAACUGCUCAUGUUCCUUUUCGUCUUUGCUCAGGUUUGUCGAAUGAGUAUAGUGCGGAAACAAGGUUGCAUCUUAUUGUAUUGAUCGAGUCGUAAAGGCUUUUAAUCUACCAAACCUAUCUAUCUGCAUCGUAAAGUUGUAAAAGAUACUAUGUUUUAGGCCAGUUCAAGGGAUAUCUACCGAUAAUUGGUGGUGCUGCAAAUGUGACCGUUACCUCAAUCAUGACGAAUUAAGCAGUUAAUGAUCUCACGAUGAACAGUGAAGAAAGAAAGUACUUUUUCUCCGGAGGUGCUUCUGGUCUGUGAUUAAGCUGUCAGAACAAGUAUAAUGUAAUAUAGGAAAGUGUUUUACAUAGAAAUCAAGGUGAUACAGUUGAACUUUGUAUUAAUUUACGAUUCUUCCUUAAAUGGAGCUUACUAAUAAUGUUCUUGCUCAUAAUUGAAGAUGAUUUUGAUGGAUGUAUUAUGUAUGUGUUCUCAAGAUUGAUCUUUAAUAUUUUUGGCUGCUAA